CAGCAUUGUAGUGGGCGUGGCUUUGAGAAGCUCAAGGAGAGCAGGAGGCGCCUGCGGCGAGUCUCCUGCGAGGUGGCUUCCCAUCUGUAGCAAUGUCCAGUGCCAUAAAAGAAAGGAUUCAGCUUCAGAUGACCGAACUAGAAAUGCUUUUUUCCAUGUUUCCUCAUAAAGGAGAAAUCACUCUUCACGAUGAACAUACUUUCAGUAACAUUCAGAAAUAUUUGAACAAUACAGAAGAUCAAAACACCCCACACGUUAUUGAAUAUUCAGUUUCCGUUACUAUUGACGCACCACAGGUAAAAGUGAAUUUGCAAGUUACUUUACCUCAUGACUACCCCUAUAUGGCACCACAGCUUUUUGCAAGAUCGGAUGCGCUAGAUAGGCAGCAACAAUUUCAGCUCAAUCAGGAUCUCACUUCUUAUAUUACUUCCUUAGAUCUAGGAGAACUUUGCAUAUACACAGCAGUUCAGUGGUUGCAAGACAACAGCAUUUCGUAUAUACAAAACAGCAAACUCUCCUCUGAAAGUGUUCCAGAUGCAAAAACAGUUAAAUCAUUAUUUAACCGGAUGUGGAUUUACAGCCACCACAUAUAUAGACAAGAACUAAGGAAAAAGAUAUUUGACUGUGCCAAGAAAUUAAACUUGACUGGUUUCUGUCUAACUGGGAAGCCUGGGAUCAUUUGUGUGGAGGGUAUCAAAGAAAACUGUGAAGAGUUUUGGCAUGAUGUUAGAUAUCCCAACUGGAAACACAUUUCCUGCAAACAUGUUGAAAGUGGGGAGACCGAGGCAAAUGUGGACGAUCUACGACUCUUCCAAUCUUUUGAAGAUUUGCAAUUUCAAGCCCAUGGUGAUUAUGGACUGAGGAAUGACUAUCACAUGGACCUGGGUCAGUUCCUAGAGUUUCUGAAGGCACAUCAGAGUGAACACGUGUUUCAGAUUUUGUUUGGUGUUGAAGGCAAAUGUUCUGAAAACUAACAAACAAAACUGUUGUUAUUUUUUCUAUUAAUAAAAAUUAAAAGCAA